CAGAAUUAAAACAAAAUACACAAAUUUGUAAAUCGACCCCCUUUCUUCUCAAAAUCAACGUUUACCGACGCAAACUUUGCUCGACGCCGGUCUCCUCGCAUAGUUUGGACAUUCUGCUACUUGUGCACAGGAGUUGACUAGUUGCAUUGCUCCAGCUAACUUAUCACGAUAUUUGUGUCUACUUAUUGGAUGUGACACAUAGUUACCCGUCUUAGAUAAAGAUGAAUUUGCAGACGCACCAGACCGGACAAGUGUCCAACCAAGCUAAUUCUAUGUUGCCUAGACUACCUCAGCAAAAUGGAAACCCUGUGUCUAAUCAGAUGCAAAAUCCUAAUGCUCGUCACAGUGUCCCAAUUAUCAAUCAGGAAAUUCUUCAAAUACGCAGACAUAUGCAAGGGAAGAUCUGGGAAUUUCUUGUGCAGCGGUGCAGACAACCUCAGGAUGUAGCCAAUAAAAAACUAGGUGAUCUCGUGAAACGUUUGGAAGAUGGUUUGUUCAAGUGUGCUACUACAAAGGAGGAGUAUAUGGACCUCUCUACUCUGGAACAGCGUUUACAUGCUAUUAUUAAGCGCCCAAUGAGUAAUCACAGUCAGCAGUUACCGCAUGCUAAUUCUUCCCCUCCUAUUGGUACAAUGAUCCCAACUCCUGGAUUUCAACAAACUGGUAAUUCAAGCUUGUCCGGGACUUCAUCCGUUGAUAGUUCCCUUGCAGCCAUGAAUAACUCAAACUCAAUCGCUUCAUCAGCCGUCAGUUCUGGUGGCUUCGUGCCAAUGCGGAACUUGUCUGCUGGAAGUGUGCACUGUGGAUUCAGUUCAUCUGAUGGUAAUUUAGCUACCGGAUAUCAGCAAUCAUCCAAUGCCUUCGUAUCCAUUAACGGUGGAAAUAGAAUGAUAGCAUCCAUGAGUGCACAGAGAAUGACGACCCAAAUGAUCCCUACUCCUGGAAUCAACAAUUCUAAUAAUAAUGACGUAAAUAUGAAUGCCAAUAACCAGACAUUUGUUAAGGUAGAGUCCUCGACUAGUGGUGGUGCAUGCCCCACUGUUGAGCCUACUAGCUCGUCACAGAUUAUGCUGCAAAAGCAGAAUGCCGGAAGUCAAAAUAGUCGGAUAUUGCAUAAUAUUGGUGGGCAUAUGGGUGGUGGAAUCAGAUCUACAUUGCAGCAGAAGUCAUUGGGAUUAUCAAAUAGGCCCGGGAUUAUCAAACAGGUCCCUGGGAUCACUGAGGGGCAUGUAACCGAGACAGUGUGUGGGACCUCUACAAAACCAUUGCAUCAACCGUUCGACCAAUAUCAACGACCGAGAAUGAGCGGUGACGGAAUUGGAACUUCUGAUGCUUCAGUGUCUGCUAAUAUGACCUCUGUUGGGUCGAUGAUGAACAAUCAUAGUUUGAAUUCAGGUUCCAUGCAAUCCAUGCCUACAGUAAGCCCUCAAAUGAUGACUAGCUGUCGGUCAAAUGCAUACUCUACUCAACAGUCAGCAACCAUUGAUUAUCAAUCAACUCAACAUCCAGAGAAUAGGAGUUUCCAACCACAGCACCUCCAGCACCCACAAGUUCUACAUUCAUCCCCUCAGUCAAUUCAGCACCGGCAAGUUGCUCAGAAUCAAUCUCAACAGAAGAACCAAACGCAAAACCAGCUCCUGAUGAAGUGUGAUUCUUCCAGUCAACCCCAGGCAGCUUCCGAAGUUAAGCCUCUGAUUAAGACAGAGCUUCUUGAUGAUAGUCAACUGUCAAACCCUUUCCAUUUACCUGGCAUGAGGAAUCAGUUUCAACAUAGCUCUCUGGAAGAGCUUCCUGGGGCUUCUCAGCUUUUGUUACUGCCAUCUGGUCAUCCUCGACAGUUUGGUGCUAACCCUCAACAUGAUUUUACCCUUUCUGAUAGCAUUAAACCAGAUGAAUCAAUAUAUCAAGGUGUGCUCAAUCAAGUCAACAACAGAAUAAUCGGGCAAGAUUUAGCUCAACCUAAUAAAUUAUCAUCAGAAGAAUCAGUGAUUGGUCGACCCGACUCUUCCCAAUUGGGAGAUGGUAUAUCCAACAACAUUAAUCGUGAAAAGCAGUUCAAGAACCAACAGAGAUGGCUGUUGUUUAUGAGGCAUGCCCGUCGUUGCCCAGCCCCAGAAGGGAAAUGCUCCGACAACAACUGCUUUACCGUUCAGAAGCUGUUGAAACACAUGGAAAAUUGUAAUAUGUUCCAGUGUACGUAUCCCCGUUGCCGAGCUACGAGAGUUUUGAUCAAUCAUCAUAGACGCUGUAGGGAUGAGAGCUGCCCUGUUUGCGUUCCCGUUAAGAAUUUCGUGCAGGCGCAACUGAAGCAGCUUGCCCGUUCUGAUUUUAAUCCCGGGAUGACUAGUUCGGUUGAUGUAUCUUUUGAUCCUCACGAUACUGCUGAAAUUGGGGGAAGAUCAACUGCAGACACUAGCCCGGUUAUUGCUGAAGUUCCGGAAGAGUUGCAACCUCCGACUAAACGCACCAAAUUAGAACAAGGCUCCCAAUUUGAAUGUUCUGUUGCAAUGAAUUCUCAUCAUUCGGAGCAGCACCAUGAUUCUGUACCUCCUUUGAGAUCUGAAAUUGCAGAAGUAAAAAUGGAGAUUCCUGGAAGCGUGGGACAAUUAAAUCCCAAAGAUACCGAGACGAUAAAGGAGACGAAACACGAAGUUUGCAUCCACAGUGCAGAAGUUGAUCCUGUAGCACCAAAUAACCCUGAUGGAGUUGGUGUUCAGGAGGACGUUAAGACUGAAAAUGAGAUGGAUCAGGGUAAGAUGGAAAUCACUUCAGUACAAUCUGAGAAUGCAGCCAAGUCUGGGAAGCCGAAGAUAAAGGGGGUAUCAAUGAUUGAAUUGUUCACCCCUGAACAAGUCCGUCAGCACAUUACUGGUCUUAGACAGUGGAUAGGCCAGAGUAGAGCAAAGGCGGAGAGAAAUCAAGCGAUGGAGCAUUCGAUGAAUGAAAAUUCUUGCCAGUUGUGUGCAGUAGAGAAGCUUACGUUUGAACCUCCUCCUAUAUAUUGUACUCCUUGUGGGGCACGUAUCAAAAGAAAUGCACAAUAUUACACUGUUGGAGCUGGUGAAACUCGUCAUUGCUUCUGUAUUCCAUGCUACAAUGAUUCUCGUGGAGACACUAUCAUGGUAGAUGGAUCUACUAUUCCAAAGUCAAAGGUGGAGAGGAAGAAAAAUGAUGAGGAGACUGAAGAAUGGUGGGUUCAAUGUGACAAGUGUGAGGCUUGGCAACAUCAAAUAUGUGCGUUAUUUAAUGGUAGAAGAAACGAUGGUGGACAAGCUGAGUAUACUUGUCCAAAUUGUUAUGUAGAAGAAGUUGAGAGAGGCGAACGCAUGCCAUUACCACAUAGUGCUGUUCUUGGAGCAAAGGAUUUGCCUAGAACAAAUCUCAGCGAUCACUUAGAGCAGCGAUUAUUUGCGAAGUUGAAGCAAGAAAGGCAAGACAGAGCGAGGCUUCAGGGCAAAAAUAUUGAUGAGGUUCCCGGAGCUGAAGCACUUGUUGUGGUACUAUUAUUUCAAAGAAUUGAAGGUGUUGAAGUAUGCUUGUUUGGCAUGUAUGUGCAAGAAUUUGGAACCGACUGUCAGCAGCCAAAUCACCGCAGAGUGUACCUCUCGUACCUGGACUCUGUCAAAUAUUUCAGGCCAGAGAUCAAAGCAGUCACAGGGGAGGCUCUUAGAACAUUCAUUGGUUAUUUGGAAUAUUGCAAAAUGUGUGGUUUCACAAGCUGCUACAUAUGGGCUUGCCCUCCACUGAAGGGUGAAGACUACAUCUUAUACUGCCACCCAGAAAUUCAGAAGACACCAAAAUCUGAUAAACUUAGGGAGUGGUAUUUGUCCAUGUUACGAAAAGCCUCAAAGGAAAGUGUUGUAGUUGAGCUCACUAAUCUAUACGAGCAUUUCUUUGUCUCUACCGGUGAAUGCAAAGCAAAGGUGACUGCAGCUCGGUUGCCGUAUUUUGAUGGAGACUAUUGGCCUGGUGCUGCUGAGGACAUUAUCUAUCAACUGCAACAAGAAGAGGACGGGCGUAAACCGCACAAAAAGGGAAUUAUCAAAAAGAGCAUCACAAAAAGAGCUCUAAAAGCAUCUGGUCAAACUGAUCUCUCAGGAAAUGCAUCCAAGGAUCUGAUGUUAAUGCACAAAGUGGAGAUCACUGGAAUCCCUGACGAAACUAAGGACAAUGAGGUCCUUGAGAGCGAAUUCUUUGACACAAGGCAGGCUUUCCUCAGCCUCUGUCAAGGUAACCACUACCAAUACGAUACCUUACGGCGAGCCAAGCACUCGUCAAUGAUGGUCCUCUACCACCUCCACAACCCCACAGCCCCAGCUUUUGUGUCUACAUGUGCUGUGUGCCACCUGGACAUAGAAGCGGGCCAGGGCUGGCGCUGUGACACGUGUCCAGAUUAUGACGUGUGUGGCGCUUGCUACCGCAAGGACGGGGGAGUUGACCAUCCUCAUCCUUUGACAAGUUGCCAGUCGAGCGAUCAUGAUGCGCAGAACAAAGAAGCCAGGCAGUUACGGGUUACACAGUUGAGGAAAAUGCUUGAUCUUCUGGUGCAUGCUUCUCAAUGUCGGUCUCCACUUUGCCAGUAUCCAAACUGUCGGAAGGUUAAGGGACUUUUCCGCCACGGUAUGGGUUGCAAGACUCGUGCUUCGGGUGGUUGUCCUUUGUGCAAGAAGAUGUGGUACCUCCUGCAGCUGCAUGCUCGGGCAUGCAAAGAAACAGAGUGCACUGUACCUCGUUGCAGAGACUUGAAGGAUCACAUGAGAAGGCUACAACAGCAGUCGGAUUCACGAAGAAGGGCUGCUGUAAAUGAAAUGAUGAGGCAACGAGCUGCGGAGGUUGCCAGCAAUUCUUGA